AUGAAUGGUGCUUCUGCUGAGGACUCAGAAGGAAGUGAGGAGCAUGCAAUCCUUAGAAGGGCAAGCGCCAGUGAACCUCCUGUGGAGUCAGGGCAGAGAUGCAGCAGGGAAGAACGAAGAGGGUUCGGGAGAACUCUCCUGAGGGGGCGAGCCCGGCUGUGCCCCGCAGGGAAGACAGGACACCGAGAGACGCAGACCACAGGAAAUGGUCCAGGCCCUGUGGUCACUGAUUCUACAGGCCCCAGCCUUCAAAGCUCGAGGAGUGAAGUGGAUGACUCCACGCACAGGCAGCAGUCACGCCCUUCUUCUGGACUCUGGAAAGGAGAAAAAAUGAAACCCAAGGAGUGCGUUUUUCACCAGAAGGGAAGCCCCUCUGGGCAAGCCUCCCAGGAUGGACAGCUGCUGGCCGCCACCUCGCUGCUGGCGCUGCUGUCCUGCGGCCUCGCCCUGGUGGCUUUCUAUCAGGUGGCCACCCUGCGAGCUGACCUGGCCAGCCUGCGGGCAGAACUGCGGGGCCACCAAGCUGAGCAGCUGCUGGCCCCUCCCGAGCAUGCUGCGGGGGCGCCCAGGGCUGUCACCCAGGGACUGAAAGAGAUCUUCACCCCGCCGGCUCCAGGGGACAGAAGCCCCGGUCGCAGCAACAGGAGUAAGCGCGCCCUUCAGGGCCCCGAAGAAGCAGCCACUCAAGACUGCUUGCAACUGAUUGCAGAUGGUGACACACCCACUAUACAGAAAGGAGCUUACACAUUUGUUCCUUGGCUUCUCAGCUUUAAAAGAGGAAGUGCCCUGGAAGAAAGAGAGAAUAAAAUAUUGGUCAAAGAAACUGGCUACUUCUUUAUAUAUGGCCAGGUUUUAUACACCGAUAACACCUUUGCCAUGGGACAUCUAAUACAGAGGAAAAAAGUCCAUGUCUUUGGGGAUGAAUUGAGUCUGGUGACUUUAUUCCGAUGUAUUCAAAAUAUGCCUGAAAAUCUACCCAAUAAUUCCUGUUACUCAGCUGGCAUUGCAAAGCUGGAAGAAGGAGAUGAACUUCAACUUGCAAUACCACGGGAGAAUGCACAGAUAUCCCGGGAUGGAGAUGGCACGUUUUUUGGUGCAUUGAAACUGCUGUGACCUACUUAACAAACACCAUGUCUGUAGUUAAUUUCCUCCCUCCCUCUGUACCUCUAAGCAGAAAGCAUUUAAGUGGAAAUACCAAAAAACAAGACAAAAAAAAGUAGUUACCAUAGCCUUUUCUGUGAGCUGUUUGUUUUGGUUUGCUGAAAGUAGUCCAAAACAGGAAAUUUAACAGACAACCACAGCCAAAGAGUGUCAUGUGAAUUACAAGAAAUAGAGUCCACUUCAGGAAAGAUAGAAUUAGGAAGACUUUUCACUAUAAUUCCAUUUGAACUAGUUAGUCACACUUCUUGUCUCGGAGGAAGCGGUACAGACUUCUUCAAAAGUGGUAUUCCAAAAAAAAAUGAAUAAAUAAAUAAAUAAACAACAAAAGUGGUAUUCCAUUAUUUACUAUGAAACAAGUGCCCACAUCUGUAAGGACCUUAAGAUAAUUAUUGGAAAUCUCUAGAUGUAUCUUCUGUUUUGACGUUAACUACAACACCCCCCUUAUCAGUUAAUGUUACCAAAAGCAAAAAAUCAAAACUCUAGAAAUUUUGAAUUAGAUACAUAAAAAAGUAAACAUUUAAAUAUUAAACAAUUAGACUGAAAAUAGCAGACAUGGAACUGCCUAAGUCUUUUUUGGUUAUUUCAAGUUUGCAAUUUUUAUAUCUAAUAUAAUGCAUCACCCAGAUAGUUUUCAUAGGAAGGAAUUUCCUCAUUUGUCUAUGCUUACAUGCAUUUUUUAUAGUUAAUUUCAAUUCAGAAAGUUUUAACGUAGGGCAAUUCUAAUUUAUGCACUGAAAGCAUUAAUUGAAAAAUAACUAUAAUUGUUCUUAUAUAGAAAUAAAAUCUCCAAAAGAAGUUCAUGAGUUAGUGAAUACAUUUAUGAUAAUUUAAUGUAAUUUCCCCUUAUUUCUUGUUCUUCUAUUUCAAACUGCUGCUAUUAUAGUUCACAUAUCCAGGCCUUUAAAAAAUAUUCCUGUUAUUAGCUUUGUAGAAAUUAAGGUUUAAUUAAAAUCCUUGGCAUGCUGAAGUAUGUCACUUGCCAGGUGGUUCUGAUAAAGAUUAUGAUAUCUCAGAAGACACCAUCCUAGUUUUCCUGUGCAGUGACUUGUACUUGAGAAUGCUGUAAUAGGUUUCCUUUGGAACACCUGUGUCCUUGGUUUUGCUUGUCUUGUUACGUCAUUUGUUUAAACAGUUUACUUCAUUAAGCAGUUUACAUCUUUCGUUUACUUCAUUAAAUAGCAGAUGGAAAAAUAUACACAAUAGCCUAUAUUAAUUUUCCCAUCUGCAUUAAAAUGUUUUUAAGAUACAUUUUUUUCAAGAAAAAAUCAUUUAAAAAUGUAUGUGUGAAAAAACAAAACUUUAUUCAAAUAUCCAGCAUCCAUAAUUUUUACUAAUUGGUUAAACGUAAAAUAUAUUUUGUGAUUUAUUUUGUUCUACAAUGGUAUAAAAAAGAAGAUGCUGUAGGUGGGGUAUAAGUUUUGAUACUAAGAUGGGCGGUUAGUAAUUUUUCUAGAGAAAAAUUGCUGCUGACUUGGAUUGCCAAAUAAACGAUUC